AGUCAGGAAUGGUGACGUCGGAUUGGAAUGAGGGAGUUGAAUGUUCCGGGUCAGAAACUGGACGGGAGGAAAUUAACUCUAGGACCAGGAUAACAAUAAACGAAUUGAAAACCACCGGAAUCAGAAAUGGGACUUUUUUUCGACACACGAUUGUGAGAACUGCUCAACAUUCCAGUGGUAACCUGAUCAAAGAGACUACCGCAAAAUCUGAAAAACCUAACAACAAAGUCACAAACUGAGACUGACAGACGAUUAUUCCAUGCUAAUGCUCAACGCUAUUUAUUUACGGACGGGGAGGUGGUUUGGAUGUUAACUUGUCGCAAUUCGUUCGGAAAGGAAGCUUGUAUUGAGAAAGCCAAAUAGUUGCUAUAGUGCAUGCAGUAAACUGUUGCGCUCGGUCUUACGUUUUAUAGGCGUCUUUACGAGAUACUUUAAUAGCAGAUUUUGCAUCACCCCGUGAUGUUUCAUUGCAUCCCACUCUGGCGGUGCAACCGUCAUGUAGAAAUGGUCGAUAAACGACACUGUUCUCUUCUCUACGUCCCCGAUGAGAUUUAUCGCUAUGGACGGAGUUUGGAGGAGCUUUUACUGGACGCCAACCAACUCCGUGAUUUGCCCAAGCCUUUCUUCCAGCUGGUGAAGCUAAGAAAACUGGGACUGAGUGACAACGAGAUCCAGCGCCUUCCCCCAGAGAUCGCCAACUUCAUGCAGCUCGUCGAGCUGGAUGUUUCCCGCAAUGACAUCAUGGAGAUCCCAGACACCAUCUCCUACUGCAAGGCCCUGCAGGUGGCAGACUUCAGCGGAAACCCCCUCACCAGAUUGCCGGAGAGCUUCCCAGAGUUGCGGAACCUCACAUGCCUUUCCAUCAACGACAUCUCUCUGCAAGCCCUUCCUGAGAACAUUGGAAACCUCACCAACCUGGUGUCUCUGGAACUGAGAGAAAAUCUUCUGACAUUCCUGCCUGAGUCACUGUCUCAACUCCACAGACUAGAAGAACUGGACCUCGGAAACAAUGAACUCUACAAUUUGCCAGAGACAAUUGGAGGACUUGUCAGUCUUAAGGAUCUGUGGUUGGAUGGGAACCAGUUGGCUGAAAUACCUGCAGAGAUGGGCAGCAUGAGGAGUCUGGUGUGUCUGGACGUAUCAGAGAACAAGCUGGAGCACCUUCCAGAGGAGCUGGGCUGUCUGCAGGCCCUGUCAGACCUGCUGGUCUCCCAGAACCUCAUCGACGCUCUGCCAGAGGGCAUCGGUAAACUGAGGAAGCUGUCCAUCCUGAAGGCCGACCAGAACCGCCUGACCCACCUACCCGAGAGCAUAGGGAGCUGCGAGAGCCUGACUGAGCUGGUGCUGACAGAGAACCAGAUCCAGAACUUGCCGAGGAGUAUUGGCAAACUGAAGAGGCUGUCGAACUUCAACUGUGACAGGAACCAGCUGAGCUGGCUCCCCAAAGAGAUCGGCGGCUGCAGCAGCCUGAACGUGUUCUGUGUGCGGGAGAACAGGCUGACCCGGAUCCCUUCUGAGCUGUCCCAGGCUACAGAACUACACGUCUUCGACGUUUCCGGAAACAGACUGGCCCACUUGCCCAUGUCCCUGACCACCCUGCGCCUGAAGGCCCUUUGGCUGUCAGAGAACCAGUCCCAGCCCCUGCUCACCUUCCAGACCGACGUGGACCCAGAGUCGGGGGAAAAGGUGCUCACCUGCGUGCUGCUGCCCCAGCAGCCCUGCGAGACGGACAACAAAGGCACGGACACGCUGGCGCGCUGCGGAGCCCUGGAGAGCCUGGUCCACGGCAUGGCGGACGACACCUGGGACGAGCACGCCCCCAAGCGCAUCAGCGCCAUCCACUUCCUUGAGGACGACGAGGAGGAGGACGACGAGAAGGGAACCCUGAUGAGGAGAGCUACACCUCACCCAGGUGAGCUGAAGACCAUGAAAAAAGCUGUGGAGAACCUGCGGAACGACCUGAAUGCAGCCAAGGGCCUGGACUCCAACAAAAACGAGGUCAAUAGCGCUGGCGAGCGGGUCACCACCUCUGUUUGACCUCUGACCCCGCUCCCAGCCCCCCGUCUCUCGCUUCUCGUCACCCCCCCCUCCUCACCCGCUCAGACACACCAUCCAUCAACUGUUUACCCACAAUCCCCUACUGUGGCCUGGCUAUGAACCUCUUCCUCCUCUGGCUCCGCCCUGGGAUUCCGUUGUGUUCUCCACAACCAGUUCUGUUUGUUCCAGAAUCUUCCAAGACCUUCCGGAACCUUCUAGAACUUUCCUCUGUCAUCUGCAGCUAACCCCCCCCCCCCCCCCCCCCCCCUCCCCAUGUGUUUUGGCUCUCACACUACCAGGGCUCAUGUGCCUUCUGACUGAUCAAACCAUUCCCAUGGCAAAUAAUCUGCACAGGUUUGCUCCUUUUUUUAUUUUUAAUUUAAUUUUUACAUUUUAGUUGUUUAAAAAAGAGAGAGAGAUGCUUUUUUAUGGACAGUAGGUAGUUGCACUAUUGUACUUUUUUUAGUUAAAUAUUGUCUAAAAUCGUCUUAAAUAUAUUAUAUAUAUAUAUAUAUAUAUGUGUUCUAUUUUUAUUUUUGAAAACACUGGGUGACUAUUUUACUUUUUACAUUUUGGGGAAACAUUUUACCCAAUCGUGUUAGAACCUACUGAUUGAGGAUUCUUGUACAGACAUUUUGUGAAUAUUGAUACUUUUAUACGUUUUGGCAGCUCAGAUGGUGUAAAUUAAAUUGUAUAGCCAGCCUCUUUAUCAAUUUCAGGUAAAAAAAACAAACAAAAAAAAACAAUUAUAAUCGAAAUUGGUACUUAUUUUAUUUACUAAAGAAAUGAACAAAAUUGUCUUUGGGGUGAGUCAGUAGCCUUGGAGCUUCUGACCACUGUCAUGUGACUUCCUGGAUGAAUCGUAGACUUUCUCUGAUUGGCUGGGUGAAUAAGGAAGUGAGGGCUGAUUAUCCAGAGCAUCUAGCUAGGCUUCGCUCCUGUCCUCCUCUGGGUGGCAGGAAGUGAGCAAGGCUGCCUGGCUCUCCCCAGUUGCUUUGCCUUGCUUUGUUUUUAUCAUACAGAUUCUUAAAAUUGUUAUUUUUGACUUGACUUCCUUUUAUACUGUCAUAAAAGUAUAAACAACAGCAAGACUAACUGCUGGUUGAAAAUGCUGUUGUUUUUUUAACUGUACAGUAAGGCUCUUCUCAAAGUCUUAUAUUUGUCUUAAAUUAGGAACGGCUGUUGUUCAUCUGGUACACUACAAUAUAUGUAUUUUUUUUGUCUUAAUUUUUUUUGCCAGGAAAGGACCAUAAAAUUGGUUUUAAUGUUGAUUUCUACAUCUUUGACGUACUGUUUCAUUAUAAUUAUUAUAAUCGAUUCCUAUUUUCUGAUUAAGCUGCACAAAACACAUUCUCAAAUAGGCAGGAAUUCUUAGCCUUGCUAUUUGGAUGACUUUUAACCACUGAUACAAUAAAAGGGGUAUAAAACCAA